GAGUGAGCAAGCGCACACACCAGGCGAAGUGAGAUGGAGUGAGAUGGAGCGAGAAAACGUGUUGAGCCAGUGCCUGCUGCGGCUGUAUCUCUUCGAGAGUCGAAAUACGCAAGUCGUGCUCGUCGAGGUUCGUCACUAAAGCCGGAGCCGUCCAGCAGAGCAGACGUGCAAGCCGACUAUCCCUCCAUCCUUUGUUGCUCCCCGAGACCGAGUACCGUGCGUUCGGUCGUCCGUUGUUGGUUUCGAAUUUUAAAGGAUUGCUACAUCAGCAGUACGUAGUGUUCAGAGACCCGGAGGUGUCAGUCCUCUAAAGUCAGUGAAGUUAGUCAGUGAGAGCCAAAGAGUGCAAAGUAGUAGAGCCAGUUAGUGAAGUCUGUGAUCCAGCCAACAGCAGCCUCCUUAGUUGUGUUGUGCCCGUCCUACUCCGACCGUACUAUCGUUCGCUCUCUCUCUCGCUCUCGCGCGCACUCCGUUGGGCCCGUUUUGGAACCGUGGGAAAAAUCAGUGACGAUCGCGAAAUUCCGGUCUCACCGUGUCCGAGCUCAGCUGGGGAAGAAGACUCCUAAACGAACACUCGCGAUCGCUCGUUCGCUCCCUCGCUCACUCGUUCUCAUUCGCCACGGGUCACUUGGAUAUUGGUUAAAGGAAGAAGCCUCGCUCUCGGUGGUGGUGGGCAAGAGACACACUCUUAAAGCGCGUUCUCUCUCUCUCCCUCUCUCGGUUGAUCGUUUUUGCCAAUUCGCGAUCGCGCGAUCAUCGCACCCCUACGAUUUGCACGUGCCCGCAGAUUUUUUGUGUCUGUUUUCUUGUUACUCCUGUGGUCCUGCCCGUGUGUCUCUGUGUGUGUGUGCGUGUUACAAACAAAACAAAUAAAAAAAAACAGCGAACGCACCCCUUUUGCAACCCUCGAAAAGCAUUGAAAACUGUCGGAGAGAAAGUUGGUGGAAUGUGUCCGCGUGCGAACUGCUAGACGUGGAAAAGACGUAACCGAGCUGCAGCAUAAUCGGGGGGGGCCCGCGUGUUGGUGGUGGCCAAAAACUUGAAGAAACUCUCGCCUUCGACCCCACGUUCUACGUUCUGAAGCGCGUUCCGCCUCCCGUUGGGGUGGACGAUAUAAGCCUCUAUAUGGGUGUACUGAAUGUGAUCAGUUCCGGUGCCGCUAUCGUCGAGUGCCAACAACAGCAGCAGCAGCAGCUACAGCUUCAGCAGAGCAAGCAGAAGAACGACACAAUCUUCUCGCCGAUUAAGAACAAGAUGAAGGUCCUGAAGAAGAUCAAGAAGCGGAUGGGACUAGCAACGAGAAGCGCUUCGUCCUGCCCCGGUCCGAACAAUCUACCUCCGCUCCAGUUCCACACCGUGCACGGGGACAAUAUUCGGAUUUCGCGCGAAGGCACGGUCGCCAAGCGGUACGAAUCGUUCUGCAAGGGCAUCACGUUCAGUGCGCGGCCAGUGCGCGUCAACGAGCGCGUCUGCGUCAAGUUCCUGGACAUCUCGAGCAACUGGAGUGGCGUAAUCCGGUUCGGGUUCACCUGCAACGAUCCGGCCUCCCUGCGCGGUAACCUACCGAAGUACGCCUGUCCCGAUCUCACCAACAAGCCCGGCUUCUGGGCGAAGGCACUGAACGAGCGGUACUGCUACCGGAACAAUGUGCUGUUCUACUACGUCACACCGUCCGGUGAUGUGCACUUCGGUAUCAAUGGCGAGGAGAAGGGUGUCUUCAUCACGGACGUUGAUGCGCGCGGUCCACUGUGGGCCGUGAUCGAUGUGUACGGCAACUCGACCGCGAUCGAGUUUCUCGAUUCGCGGAUCUACAUGUUCCAGGCGCAGCAGCAACAGCAGCAGCACCACCAGCAGCACCACCAGCAGCACCAUCAGCAUCAUCAUGGUCAGUCCCAGAGACGGUCGACGGAUCAGGAGAUUGUGCCGCAGCUGGAAUCGCUUAGCAUUAACCAGCACAAUCAUCAGCUGAUGGAAGAUCAAUCGAUUCGCCCGACGGUUCAGGUGCCAGCGAUGGCCGCCUGCGGUAGUACGGCGAUGCUCAGUCCGACUAGUGCGGCGGCCUCGGUACGAUACAACAGUCCGGCACCGGGGCUACUCCCGCUGCCCUUCCAUCCGGUGCGCGGUCGCAACAUCAAGUUCUCGGCCGAUCGGUACAUCGCGACGCGCGCCGAUAUUGAGUUCUGCCAGGGGUACGUGUUCUCGCCACGUCCGGUCAAGAUCGGUGAACGGUUGAUUAUCCAGAUCCUGAAGACGGAUUCACUGUUCGUGGGAUCGCUUGCCCUUGGGUUGACUUCCUGUGAUCCGGCGACGCUGCAGUUGAACGAUUUGCCCGAUGAUUCCGAUAUGCUGCUCGAUCGGCCCGAGUACUGGGUGGUUAGCAAGGACGUCGCCUCCACGCUGGUACGUGGGGAUGAGCUGUGCUUCAGUGUGACGGUGAACGGGGAGGUGCAGAUCAGCAAAAACGGAGGCCCCCCGUCGGUGAUCAUGCACAUCGAUCAGUCGCUGCAGCUGUGGGCGUUCCUCGAUGUGUACGGUUCGACGCAGAGUGUCCGGCUGUUCUCGCACACCCUUCCGGUACCGACACCGACCGGUUCCUGUGCUUCGAGCAUGUACGAGGUGCGUUCGCACUCGUCGCUGGCAGCGACCAGUGCCGCCGUUGCCGCCUCUAGUCAGUCCGUCAAUCGCAACCUGCAAGUACAAAUGCAAUCGGUGGUUGGUGCCUCCUGUUCCUCGUCGUCCGGUACUGGCGCGGUCAUGGUGGCCGCUGAAUCACAGGCAUCGCUUGCGUCCGCUGCUAGCUGCCGUACGAUCGCUGGUACGGCCACCGUACGCCCCGAUAUGAUCCAGAUUAAUCCGGGUGGUACGGUGCUGGUCGUGAAUCUGCCACCGACCGAUGUCCUGUCGCAGCAACAGCAACAGCAGCAGCAGCAGCAGCAGCAAGGCCAGCAGCCACAGCAAGCCACCAUCGUCACACGCGGUAUGACGGGUUCCGCUUCGACUCUGUCCGUCCCACUGUCUACGCUUUCGCUUUCGUCGCAUACUGGUUCGACCGGAACCGGAAACGCCGUUGAGCUGAUGGCUACCAAUAAUAACAACAAUAACUACGCCGCCAGCAAUGGCUAUCCUGAGGCGCUUCCCUCGUACAAUAAUGCGGCCAACUACUCCACGGUAACCGGUGCUGGUCCGGCGGCGGCCGCUACCGCCACCGGUGGUAUCUACAGCUCGACCAACUGCGUCGAUUGUACGAUCUGCUUCGAGAAACCGAUCGACUCCGUGCUGUACAUGUGCGGUCACAUGUGCAUGUGCUACGACUGUGCCAUCAAGCAGUGGCGCGGAAUCGGCGGUGGCCACUGUCCCCUGUGCCGGGCCGUCAUUCGCGAUGUCAUCCGGACGUACAAAUCGUAAUCGAUCUCAGCACGCAGCGAGCAACGGUCGAGUGGAGACCAUGGAAUGUCUGCCAAAGAGUGGCACAAAAUUGUGAUCAAAAAGAAGAUGGGGACGAAGGCGGGCGGUAGUCAUCGGGUCGUCGCCGUCGCCGUCGUCAUAUUAGCAGCGCCAAACUGGAUUAGAGAGUGCGUCCGCUGCUCAACGAUAAGCCAACUGAGGAGGGGCGGGGAGACCCGGGACCUGGCGGUCCGGUGGUCUUGCCCUUACUAAAUUUACACUCAUAGUUUAUUGCUUGCCCGAUAAACUAUGGAGUAGUCAAAAUUUUUAGUGAAACAAGUUUACCCAUUUGGUUUGGUGAUUAGUCAGUAGGUUGAGCGCGUUGUAUUCUUGGCUUUUUCGUGUUUGUGUUGAGCUGGGCUAGGAGGCGCAAGGAGGGAAAAGGUGACCGGAAGAGCCGUUAUAGUAGUUUCAUAAGGGCCUAGCAAAACGCGAGCGAUGAUGUACGAUUGAGGUUGAGGAUCCCGUCAACUAAAUCACGUCACUCCGAACACACAAGAAGGGGCAGCAGGAGGCCAGUUAGGGAAGCAACGAGGGACGAGUUGGCUCUACGGAGCUGACUCACCUUUCUCGCACGCUCCCCCCCCGAUCCCAUGUUACAUGUUGGUUAGUGAUAGUAUGACACGCGGUGCGCGCCAAACACUUUUUGCCAAAUAAGUCACUUCCAAAAAACGAAGCAAACGAUGUUGAAGGAGAAGCGUGUUAGAGUGGCGUGUCGGGGGCCUUAGCCAGUAGGAACUAAAGGGCGCUAUAAGAAGCUAAUAUCAAGCGGAUCGAGAUUCGAAUGCCACAGCCACAGAAAGUAUUUGACGAAAGUCUAUGCCGUACCGAUAAGAUGGAGACAGACACUGGAGGAGCUGGUUAGGAGCGCCGGAUGCGCAGACAGGCCGUUCUACAACAGAGUGUACAGUUUAACGCAGUAGUUUUGUAGAAAAAGAGACAAUGUUAAAAUGAGUGAGGUGUGUGCGGGCUCGCACGGAACGUACGCUAGCUGUGUAGAAGGAUCCGUUUUUAAACUUCUUCUCCAGCAUUAUCAUCCGCAUUAUCGUUAUCAUCCUAUAAUCGUCAUCAUCAUUUCGUCCGUUCGCAAAACACCGUUACAAGAUGAGGAUGAAAUCCCUGACCUUUCCCUGAUGUGGCAGGCUCAUCAUCGGUUCAUCUACUCUAAUUUUCUAGUCAACAUAGACAAAGCUAAACUAUUUCGAAACUAUGCAAACCGGUACGCGACGGAACAUAUUAGAGCCAAAGUUUUACGAAAAUAUUACAAAAUUAUACGAUACAAAUUGCGUUUUGGACUUUGGGUUUUCAUUCGCUCCUGCUGGCUGCCUGCUCGGCGGGUUUUUCGUUCUUUCCGAGUGAUGAGUCGACUCUGUGUAAGACAAUCGAGGUAUGGUGCGAGCGUCUUCUAGUUGGAAUUUUCCGUUCCGUGAUAUACAUAUAAAUGCUUGCUUUCGGCCCUCCUCACGAUAGUCUGAGCCUGAUGCUUUGUGGACAUGCGGUCAGUUAGUCAUUCGGUCGAUUAGACGCAGUCAAGUUCAGGUGAUAGUGAAUCGGUGUGUAGCGUAGAGUAUAGAGCCUUGCGAGAUAAUGCAGAAAUCACCAAAACUAAGAAAACAAAAGAAGGCAAAUCGCUUCGUAGGGUUGUGUAGAGUGAGAGAGAGAGACGAGGGUCGUUUCCGGAUCUGAGCCUAAUUUAUUGUUAUGAGUGCGGAUGAUGAGUAGUUGAUUGGUUGAAGAUGCUUUGUAUUACCCGAUUUAUUUUCCUCCUGUUUAUACGGUUUUAUUUUGUGAAACUAGCAUCUAAGAGCAAUUGAAACAUUAAUCUAUAUCACUGAUGAACUACUGAAAUACAAAAAUGGAA